UAUACAAAAAAAUUAAAUUCUUGAAAUAAUAGCGAGCAAGCGUAAAUUUUUUUGUGUCGAACCCACAGUGAAUUAAAUUCAUUGUUAAUUAUUUUAAUUUUUAAUGUAAAUGGAUUAACUUGCGCGUAAGACGGGAGAUUUUGUUUUUACAUUAUGAGUGAACAACAGUUUUCAGCCGCGAAAAACGCGCUAAUUUCAUUUUCAGUUUCGUGUUUUAUUUUCUUUGUGACAUUAUUUUCAUCAAGUGUUUUGGGAUAUACAUCAGAGUUGUGGGCUCUUACAUUCUGGGGACCAGCACUGUACUUCUGUCUUGUGAACUUUAUUUUGCAAUACUCAUUGAAAGGUUUCACAUAUGAUGUUGCAGUACGAUCAGCGUUCUUAGGAUCCGUAUUUGCAUUUGGUUUGUAUUUAUCAAGAUGUGAGAGUGAAUUUAAAGUGUUUGGGAUGUACAUUGUGGUAUUUUCACUAUUCCACUUUUCUGAGUUCAUGGCAGUGGCAUUGACAAAUCCUCAGACAUUGACCACUGAAUCAUUUAUACUGAACCACAGCCUGCAGUAUUGGCUUGCUGCUGUUAUUAGCUGGAUUGAAGCAGGCAUUGAAUAUUAUUUCUUACCAGACAUGAAACAAAUACUUUGGCUGUCAUACUUGGGUCUGCUUAUGUGCAUCUGCGGAGAGUUUCUCAGGAAAGUGGCAAUGUUUACAGCAAAAACUAACUUCAAUCACCAUGUGCAAACAGUCAGACGACCGGAUCACAAGCUCGUGACACACGGGGUGUACGCGUACUGCCGUCACCCGAGCUACGUGGGCUGGUUCUACUGGUCUAUCGGGACGCAGAUAAUCCUUUGCAACCCCGUCUGCAUCAUAAUCUACGCGGUCGUGUCGUGGUCUUUCUUUAAGGAGCGCAUCACAGCCGAGGAGAUGUUCCUCAUCUCAUUCUUUGACAAGCAGUACCUAGAGUAUCAGCAGCGAGUCGGCACCGGUUUACCAUUCAUAUCGGGAUACGUGCCGGAUGCUGAUGGCUGGUAAACAUUCCAGGACGCGCUCGGUAGCUCCUUAUUUGAUGUGGGUUCCAUGGCUACAAGAUGUAAGCUGCUCAAUACGUUGCAUAAUACCAUAAUCUUUCUAUGAAUAUAUCAAGCAAAAAUAAUAUAAUUUUUUAUUAAAAUAUUUAAAGCUGUUCACUAGAGCAUUACGUGACAGACCAACGACGCCAUGUUCUAGUGGGGAUAGUGAAUCGUGUCGUGUUUGAUACAAUCAUAGGAUGGUAUGGCAUUCUAGGAACCUUUUAUAUCAACAAUUAAAAUGGUGUUAUAUUGCAUAUGACAAUUACAGUUGGACUGGAAUCUACUAGAACAGUGGUCGGCAAAUAAAUAAUAAUAUUUAGGUGUCGCACACAUAACGCGAAGGUUGAAGUUGUGAUUUAUUCUCGACUUGAUUGAUUGGAUAUUUAAUAGAAAUUUUGUUAUAGAAUAAUGGAACUAAAUUACCCAACACUAGUGGUAUAUAUUUAUUACGUUCUAAUAAAGGUAGGCAUUGCCUAUAUGGAAUGCACGCCCCUGAUGUAGAUCCGAAAAGGGAAAUUAUUAGAUUAGAAAAUAUUAGAUUAUUCGCAUAUACAGGAUGGUUUUUUGAGAAGGGCGGUGAUGGCCAAGUCGGAAACUAAGACAAUUAGAGAAAAGUCGUGAAAGGAGUCAUGCCCUUGAUUUAUAAGAAAGUGAAACCAAUAAAUGCAUAUUUAGUUUUUUUUUUAAUUUUUUGAUCUUUUGACGGAUAUCGAUCCGAAUGAUUUUUUUUUUCAAUAAAAAUUACAUCCUGUAUUAUUGAACCAAUGGACUCCGUUGCUGAUAAGUAUCCAUCUUUUUCUGCUUAUUUAGUACUACUUAGCAUGUACUACUUAUUUAGUCGAAUAAAAAAUUACUAAACGAGCAGAUUUGGUUCCCAUUUUUUUAAUUGCUGUAAUGUUCAUAACUGGCUCUUUGGCUGAUAAGUUUGACGACCACUGUACUAGAAGGAUCAUGAUGAACAAAAACAAAUAACAAAACCGGAUAUUUAUAAAGAUUUUUAACGUUUGUAUUGUAUAUAGGUACCUAUAUGUUUACUCCAUAUUUGUAUAAAUGCUUUUUAACAAGUUAUCGAUCUAUUAACUAUAGUAUUAUUUAUUAUCUAUGUUACAUUAUAUAUUUAUUUUUUUGUGAUAAAUAUAUGUUUUUUGGGUCACGGACAUAAUUUGUAAUAUUUACAGUUUUUUCACAUCUCAUUUCUUUAAAAUAAAAUAUUUUAUAAUUUACGCCCAGUAUUUCAUAAUUAUAUAAUGGGUGUUUUAUGUACAUUGCAUGUCAAAUUUCUUGACUUAAAGGUCUUAGCUACCAGGUCAUAAAAUACCAAAAAAAAACAUGUCAAAUUUCAGCACUGUUUAGUGUACCCAAGAUUAUAUAACGGCAUUACAGUGACAGUCAAGAGGUGCAUAGACUAUAGACUUUGACAGAACGCAGCACAGUACGUAGUGUUUCUAUACUAACUGGAAAUUAUCUAAUUGUUAUAAUAUAAUUUUAAACGUAUUCAAUUUUCUGAGCUUAUGUUACUUAGUAACAUUAAACGGCACAAGUCCAAACUCAAUCCAUUGUAGGCAAUUUGAGAGUGACUUGAUUGAUCGAUUCGUGCCAAUAACAACGAAAAAAUAUAUUUUGAAAUACAGAGAAGUUUGUUGGAUUAAUGAGCUAGAACUUGAGCAUUGUGUGUGGUUUCACGCAGGGCAUUUUCGUAUCCAAUUUAAAACAAAUUAAACAUCGAAACAAAAUAAUGCUAAAGAUUGUCAUUACCUGUGGGAGGCUCCUUUGCACAGGAUGCCGGCUAGAUUAUGGGUACCACAACGGCGCCUAUUUCUGCCGUGAAGCAGUAAUAUGUAAACAUUGUAUUUCGGUCUGAAGGGCUCAUUAGCUAGUCGAAUUACUGGUCAAAUGAGACAACAUCUUAUGCCUCAAGGUGACGAGGGCAGUUGUAGUGCUGCUCAGAAUUUUUUGAGUUUUUCUAGAAUCCUGAGCGCGCACUGCAUUGUAACAGGCAGGGCGUAUCAAUUACCAUCAGCUGAACGUCCUCCUCGUCUCGCCCCUUAUUGUCAUAAAAAAAUAUAACAAAAACAGGUUGCGGGUAACUUAUAUUAGGUUAUAUGUUGAGAUAGAUGAUAGUCACACCUAGUCAUAUUAUAGUAGCAGUCAUUUGUGAUGUUUGAUGAAUGGUAAUUCUUAUAUCUAGGACUAGUAAAAAAAUAAGGACUCCGUGUCACCUUACAUAACAGUGUAGCUUCAAAACAAGCCGAAUAACGUGUAAAUACAUAGCCCCACGCACACACUUACACUACUACAGGCCGAUACACGGCCAGUAUGAGAAUCGUCAUCGUCUGUGACAGAUCAGUUUGGCUCUCAAUAAAAUAUUUAAAAAUGCCUUCGUGCGUUGUGAAAAAGUGUAAAAACGAUACUAUAUAAGUAUUUGUGGCCAUAUAUGAUUAUUUAAGGGAGAAAAAAUUGUGUAACUAGUAUCUCACACACACUACUAAUAUUAUAAAUGUGAAUGUUGGUAUAACUAGUAAACGUGAUUCGGCACACAUUAUAACCUUAAAACAAUUUAUGCCUAUAUUUUUAUCCCGGUAAAUGGACGACACAGACGAAGUCCCUGUCAAAAGCUUUAAUUAUGAUAUUUAGUUAUUUUCCACUGCAGAUAAAUAGAACAUUAAUAUGUCAAAAUGGUGUUGCAGCUACAAAGCUUUCCUUGGUUUUCGAGCAUCCAAUGUUAUGUAUCCGUUUUGCUCUACUAAAAAAGCAACUUGCUGCGGAGAAAUUGAACCACUUCCACUGGAAAUAUCUUUCUCUAAAAGAAUUUUUCUGUGUUCGGACAUAAACACACGCACAUACCUAAACACACACAUACAUAUACACACACACACACUUACAUACACUUGCAAGGGUUAUCAGAAUACUUUUUUUUUCAAAUAUUAUAUUUUAUAAAAAAAAAUAGCUUAAGUAGGUAAUCGGGGAGCCACAAUACAUCCACUCCCACUCAACACCUUAGGGAGGAGGGGAUGGCUGAAAAAGAGCGCUGCAUGGAAACAUAAGUCCAUGAUUCCAUGUCAGGUGAAGCGAGAAAGAAAAGAGAAGAAUUUAUUAUUAUUAUUAUGUAUAUGCUCUGGAAAAUUAAAUUAAAAAUAUGUUCUUUGAGUAUAUGUGGCAAUUUAUGAUUGAUGUUCUGAUAAAUUCUCAUCACGAUGCUGUGCUAAAUGUUAAUUUACUAUAAAAAUUAAUGCCGUUAAGAACAUCAAUUGGUAUGUUCGAAUAUAAAAACAUACCAGUAAUAUAGUAUUUUAAUGCUUUUUGCCAGAUGAUAUUUAACAUUGGAUGCACAGAAUAUGGUGGAUAUGCAAAACCAUUUAAUAGACUCGUUUUCGAACAAGAGACGGUAUAGUAUAAGGUGGAUAAAUUUAAAAACUAAUUAUUGUUAGCCAAAGUCACAUUAUUUUUAGAAUAAAAUUAUAGAUUACUGAAAUUAUUGUUGAGUUAAAAAUCUUCAGAGGCAAAUAUUCAUAGAACAAACACAUAUAUAUAAUGGCGAAAUUCUCUAAUUAAUGCACGGGUAGAGCUACUUAACCGUAUAAAUAAAUAAAUAAAUAACCUAAAUAAAUCAUUUCGGAACAUCCUGUAAAUAAUCUAGUAGCUGCGUGCUAGCUGCGGACAAGUAUGUCCCACGCUGCGCCGUAUCAGUUCAGUAGGCCGAUUCACGUAUAUUCUAACGAUCCAAAAAUCGUUGUAGUUCAGAAGUCGUCCUAUUGAAACUUGGUCCAAAAUUGGUAUUCACGUACUGAUUCGAUAGGACAACAACCCAAUAGGACUGAAACUCAGCGACUUAUCGACGACUUGCGAUAGGACAUUGCCAGUCUAAUUUUACUAUUCCUUUAUUUCCUACCUUAUUCUUUUAAAUAUGUUUAUUAUGAUAUCAGAGUCUUUUGCUCAGUUCAGAAAUUAAUAGGCUGAAAAUGAAAAGUCGUACCCAAAUGGUUGUAAUAAAAAAAAACCGCCGUACAUCAAAGUCAAACUGGAUGUUCGCCCAAGUGUAGGUAACUCUUUCACGUCUCGUUUUGUUCGCUUAAACAAAAUGAGCUCGAAGAUUGUAACCGUGCGUCAGCUUUAAUUACAUACUGAGCUAUUUUAGUUUUUUCAUAAAAGCUGUAAUAAGUACCUACAAUAUUUAAUAAAUAAUUAAGUAGGCAUUUAAUUAGUCCAAUAACAUAGGUAAAGGUAAAUAAAUACCUUCUCUCUUUAUUCUAUCUCUUCCAUCCUGAGUAAGAGGAAAAUAAAUAUGUUUUUGAAUAACUCAACAUCAUUGAGUGGUUUCAGUCACCUGGCGCACUGCUCUAGACACUGCAGGUUGAGAUACCUAUUGAGAUGAAAUUACUCUGACCAACAAUGGUUUAGUAAGAUCCUGUAGCAUAAAAUGCUAGUGCUAUUUAUACCUAUAAUGUAAAAAAGCACAUGUUUUUAUAAUUUAUUUAAUUAAAGUCUUAAAUAUAGUAAAUAUUUAGUCAGAUAAGUAGGUACUUAGGUACCUACUAAGAUCUUUCUUAGUAACUACCAACCUAAAUAGGAAACUAAGUAUAGUAUUGCGCUCUCAUGGAAUCAGAGGAACGAGGUCUUCAAUAAGACCAAGGACAAAUCCUUGGUAAAGCGAAAUGAUUUCACGAACUCCGUAUCUGUUAUUUCGAAAGCAAAAUAUUUGUUGAUCCUCAUAUUAUUUCGGCGUCGACGUUCUCUUCGCCGGUCUUCCCUUUCGGAAAGAUCCAAAAGUAGCCAAGGCAAGCUGAUAUUCAUGUUUAUGAAAAAACUUUCACCAGCCAACAACUGCAAAUUACUAACUUCAGUUCUGCGAUUUCUCAGACGUUCGAUUUGACAUUAAAUCGUUUGUAACCAAUUGUAAAAAGAUAGCAGAACAUCACUGACACAACGAUUGAAGUCCGUCUAGAUGACGUGAAUACGCUUUAGCGAUUUUUGGAUAGGAUCGUUUCUCGAACGUGCGAUUUAAAUCACGUGAAUACGAAUCGUAGGUGAACGACAGAUAUCGCUCAUGUAAAAUUACGUGAAUCGGGCCGCAGAAUUCAAAUAAGUGUGAUUAAAAUUUAGAUUUUUCAAGUAUAUAAUUUCUUUCAAUUACUUUCAGUUAUACAUAUCUUUUCUUACGGGAAAGUAGUUGUACCCGCGUGUUCAUUAAUUAACGUGGCCAUAAUACUUCCACGCUGUACAGUUGUAUGUUGUAAAAAAGUAGGAUAUUAAAAAAUUGGAACAUAAAAAUUCCACAUAAAUUUUUAUGGUGGCUGAAUCUUUUUUAUUAAAGAAAUUGCUAAUCUGUAUAAAGUAAGACUACUUAAAUAUUUGGUUUUCCAUCAGCCAGAUUCUUUGAAUGCUUAUUGUGCAAUUAUAAUUUACUCAUGUAACAUGUAAAUUAUACACCAAGUGUUUUAUGUAUGUUUGUAUAUUUUUAAGUUUUAUAUAUAUGCUGUAACUAAAUAGCUUAGUGUGUCUAAUCAUUGUUUGUUACUUGUGGUAACAUAGUUUAAUACAUUUAUUAUAGUUUAACCGAUACAGCUGUAGCGUGCCUUAGUCAUGCGCGGUGAUGUGGGAUUGUGAGAUAAUUGUUACGUAAGAGGAUGAUCUGAAGAGUCAGAGUGUCGGGCAGAUAUUACGAUAUAGUUAAUACGUGUUACUGCUACAAUGUUAAAGAUGUUAUGUAAGUACCUGGACGACCGAGCCUUGCUCGGAUUUUUAAGAAUGUACAAAACUUGAAUAAAAGAAAAACUAAUAGGACAUCUGGAUUCGAAUUGGGGUCUUCUGCAUUAUAGUCUAGCUAGUAUAGUCUUGUAUAAAGUGGCAAAAUUUACCUUUGUAUUCUAAUGUUAUUGAAGCUGUUUCUCAUUAAAACACGGAUAAAACUACAUUACAAACUACCUGUAUACUAAAUUUCAUUAAAGUUGGAGCCGUGUCUGAGAUUCAGAUUAUAUAUUUAUAUACAAGAAUUGCUCGUUUAAAGAUAUAAGAUUGAUGUGAAAGAAAUGACUGUCUUCGUUUUUUUAGCAUUCCGAUAUGCACUGUGACCACUGUACAGUGUGACGUCAAUUUAGUAUACUGUGAAACCGUUCCUUUAUAGCCAGUUAGACUGGUUACUAUUUAAAACCGAACGCAAAUCCCGUAUACUGUCAGCCGUAUUUUUUGACGCAGCAUUCAAAUGAGUGCAUUAAAGUUUUCUAGUUCAAUAAAAAAAACAACUGUUGUUGGAGUCAAAUUAAAAAUAUUUGAAUUAAUAUUAAUUGAAAAUUGAAUUUAUAAUAACUAUAAUAAAAGUAAGUAGCUUUUCAUUAAAAGGAAUAUGUUUUUCAUUACUUAACUUAUAUCAAUUUUGUAUGUAAGUUAAUGUGCAGAAGGUAUGUAGGGUAAUAUUUAGGAGUUUAAAAAAUUAUUAUUGAUUACUACAACCAAAUAAAAUGCACUCGAGUGGUUUUGACUGAUCACGUGAUCAAAGUACUGCCAGUACCUUACCUCGUAAACGCCAGUGCUCACAGUAAAAUAUGGCGACGAUUGACGUCAUAUACAUAUUUCCCUAGGGUAUUGCGGCAGCAUACUGGAAGUUAAUUACGGAACGAAUUUUUCUACAGUGAUAGCACUGCAGUGCUCGUUGUGCAUAUCGGAAAAUACCCUAAGUUUUUCACCUGUGUGUCCGACAAUAACAGUCAGCAAUGACUACGGACUGACAGAGUGGAGCGGCCUGCUGGGCCCGUCACAUAGCUAAGGCGCGGUACAUCAGUUUAGGUCAUAGUACUCAAUACAAUCAAUUGUCAUAUUCAUUUCAUCUCUAGCCUCAGUCAAGGAUUUUAAAUAUGUUUAGAUAAACGGAAUAUUUUAAAAAUAUCUAUGAAUAUUUUAAGAUGUUUGUCAAUUGGAAAUAUAAUUUCAAAGUCUUAAAACUACAGAGGCCACAGAAUGUGACUGUUUUUUAUAGUUCCUCAGAACUGAGAAGGAACAUGUCAUAAAGGAAUGUAUCCAUUGCACUUUGCACUAUUUUUGUCUAUGUUUUAUAUCCUUAACAUUAAGAUCUACUUUUUGUUUGCUGAAAAAGUGUGAUUGCUGAAAUUAAAUGAAGCAAUAUAGGAACUUAAA